CAUCGCGCCCAAAACACGACCCUAGCUCAUCUGUAACUGUAUGUAUUUGUUUGAAUUCCAGCUUGGUUUCUUUAGAACAAGCCUUCCUUAUUAAUAUUACUUGGGAACCUAGCAUCUACCCCUCCAUUAGUGCUAAAAGCCGGGCAUCUCAGCCUUCUCUUCCUUUGUCUCCCUAUUCCUCCACCCCCAACCAUCAACCUCUUCGCUUUUCUUUUUUUCUUUCUUCUUCUCAUUCAUUACUUCUCAAAUACAACAGUCACGCUACCUUAUCAUGUAUAGCCCAGGACAACAUCCCCGUACCCUCGCCGAGGAAAUGGAACUGUCCGCCCAAGCGGGAGACCUCCCCAAACUGCAGACCCAACUGGCCAGGUGGGAGGCCGAGGUUGCCGAUGAAAAUGUUACACCAAAAGACCAUCUCUGGAUUGAUCCCACGAUUGCUGAGGUACGAGACUGGGUGAAACUGAGGAGCCACACCGACAAAAGUGAGCCUGUUUACGAGUUUCUCACGCGGCUACUAGUUAAGGCUGCGGAGGGAAACCAAGUGGAUACAGUCAAAUAUAUGAUCGAUAAGCGAGGAGUGCCUAUUAUCACGCCCGCAAUCGCGAGGAAGGCUAUGACUGCCAACGCCUUUGAUGUGCUCGAGGUGUUUCUAGAACAUGGGUGGAAUAUCAACGACCCUGCCCAGGAUUUCCAUGUUCCGAUACUAGGGUUUGUGACGCAUAAUGAGACGCGGGUGCGCUGGUGCCUUGAGCAUGGAGCCGAUCCAAAUGCGAGAAACAGGAACAAGUCCCAUGAUGUGCCGAGUCAAGCUGGUCGUUUUGCCUCGGUGGAGACGCUCAGGUUGCUUGCUGCCUAUGGUGCCAACUUCGCUUGUAGCAAUGCCCUUCAACGGGCUGCUGAAUAUAGACUCAAAGGCCGGAUGGAAGUCAUGGAAUGGCUACUAGACGAAGCAGGCUUCCCUAUCAAUCAGCGCGAGUUUGAGUGGGAUCCAGAUAUGUUUCGCGAUUGGCAGGGGAAUAGGUUAGGAGCGGCGUUGCACUUCGCGGUUCUUUCCAACUCCCCGGAACGUGUGCGGUUUCUGCUGGAACGAGGCAGCGAUAUAAAUCUGAGAGACCCGUAUGGCGAGACCGCCCGAGACUGGGCCGACGGGGGAGGGAGAGAAGAGAUCAUUGCAAUUCUCAAUACUUGGGGAAAGUAAUUGGCAAGAUCUUAGUUAGCUAACUAGCGAGUGCUGGCUGACUAGCUACAAAGGCCGCGCGUCAGCCAGUUGAUUCAAUCU